UAUUUAUACAGUUGUGGAUUGGUAUUUUGUUUCCGGGACAAGAAGGAAAGCGAAGAAAGGUGGACAAUGGCAUCAAGCACGAUCCGGAAGGCCAUCGGCACCAUGAAAGACCAGACGAGCAUUGGCCUUGCUAAGGUAUCUAGCACCAUCGCACCCGACCUCAACAUAGCGAUCGUGAAGGCAACGAGCCACGAAGAUGAACCCUCAGACGAGAAGCACAUCCACCAGAUCAUCAACACGGUUUCUUACUCCCGAGGGUACGCAAGCGCAUGCGUCUCCACCAUCUCCCGCCGCCUCGACAAAACUCGCGACUGGAUCGUUGCCCUCAAAACCCUGAUGCUUGUCCAUCGUCUCCUCACCGAAGGCUUAACCGCUUUCCACCACGAGCUCCUCUACGCCACUCGCCGUGGCACACGCCUCCUCAACAUGUCCGAUUUCAGGGACGAGGCUCACUCCAGCUCCUGGGAUCAUUCCGCCUUCGUCCGCGCCUACGCGUUCUAUCUUGAUCUGCGCCUUGAAUGCAUAAAUCGUGACUACAAACAGAUCGAUUCCCCUCGCGAGCAGCAGCGAUCACUGCCGUUUUGCACCUACUCGUGUUACAGCAAUCCCGAUCUUUACAGGAGAAACCCUAUUUCGAACUUCACUCCAACCCAGGGUGAGGAGAGGAGACCAGGUACUCCUCUAAGGGAGAGGAAUCUGGAGAAUGUGUUGGGGUGGAUGAACCAGCUACAGCAGCUGUUUGAUCGACUUCUGGCAUGCCGGCCCAUUGGUUUGGCAAAGAGCAACAGGAUGAUUGUUGUUGCGCUCUACCCAAUCAUUAGAGAGAGCUUCCAGCUCUACGCCCACAUCUGUGAGAUACUGGACCUGCUUCUGGACCGUUUCUUUGAAAUGGAGCAUUCUGACUGCGUGAAGUCUUUCGAAGCUUACGCGAGCGCAGCUAAGCAGAUAGACGAACUUUAUGCAUUCUAUGGGUGGUGCAAGAGCACGGGGGUAGCAAGAUCUUCUGAAUUUCCGGAGGUUCAGCGCAUAACAGAUAAACUUCUGGAGAUGUUGCAGGAGUUCAAGAAGGACAGAGCAACGAGGCCAAAUAGCCCUCUGAGGCACGCGGAGCGGGCUCUUACUGUACAGGAAGAAGAGCCGGUGCGGGGUAUGAAUGUUCUAAAGGCCAUUCCUGCACCCUCAGAUUAUGAGGACAAGGCAGAGCAAAAUCCUCAGAGCCAGCCUCAGUUCCUAGAUGUUUUGGUUGAUCUCAGGGAGGAUGAUGGGACUGCAGAUGCUCAAGGACUUAAGCUUGCAUCAGCCCUUUUCUUCAGUGGUGCAGCUGGGACUGGGAAUUGGACAUGGGAGGCAUUUUCUUCCUCUGAUGUUUCUGGGAAAGGCAAUGCGACCUCAGUCUGCGAGAGACCAGAUCCUGAUGAAGGGAAUGCUGAUUGGGAACUUGCUUUGGUUGAGGCAGCCGGUAAACUUGCGAAGCAGAAGACUGCAUUGGGAGGAGGCAUUGAUCCUCUGCUUCUCAAUGGGAUGCAUGACCAUGGAGCGGUGAGGCAACUUGUGAGUGCUCACGCAAGCAUUGGUAGUGCGAACAGUGUUGACUUGCUGGUACCUGUCCUGGCAUUGCCAGCAUCUGAUGGUAUUGUUCAAAACAUUGGAGGAGAUCCCUUCGCUGCAUCCCUAAGCAUUCCUCCUCCAUCCUAUGUGCAGAUGUCUGACUUCGAGAAGACGCAUCUACAGCUGCUGCAGGAGCGGCAGUUGUGGCACCGGCAUACUCAGGGUGGAAUGCUGGAGCAGGCAAGCCUGGCUAAGCACAGCAAUGCUCAUUAAAACCCAAACCCUUCCUUCAUGCUACCACCCAAACAUCAAAUGUAAGUGUGUAGCGUUGGUUGCUCUAAUAUCUGUUGCUUUAAACAUCAGAUGCUCUGUUCUCCGGCGUAUCAUAAAAUGUAUGACUUGAAACUCUUGAUAUUUAUUCUAAAUCAGAUCAAGACCGCCCUCAAAUUCAGAUUUUUAGCUAUAUGGGAGUGCAAUUUAGCAUUUUGUCUUGUGGAAGGGAAAGCUUAAGUAAUGCUCAGUUAUCUCUAUUACUAAUGCUGAACUUUUUUCUGCUAUAGUUGUCUAGUAUUUUUAUUUAGUUUUACAGAUAUGCUCGGAAAUUGGUUUACUUUUUGGAGCAUUCCUUGGAAAUCUUUUGUGGUGCCUUCUGCGUGAUACCGAAAUGCAGCUUUCUGGACAUUAUUUCUCUUAUAUUGAAGAUGAAAGAAGUUUGGCAUAUUGACUGGAAUAAAUUGCAUUAUCUUUCUCGGUUGGUCUAUGCUUUCUUUUUGGGAUUAUAAAGUGAUAAUCCGGGUUUGUAUUUUCUUAGUUUUUACCUGGUGUAGUGACCCCAUAGGUCUUGUUUUGUGUA